AUGGCAGCGUUUGUUUACAGCCCAGACUUUUCGAAAACUUUAUCGAGCCUGGCAAAUUUCACUUUCAGCGAAAGACAAAACAAUACUGACUUUUUAGAUGGAAAUAUUGUAUUUUGCUGAGCAUUUAAUUUACUUUUUCAAUUUUAGCUGAUAUCAGAUCCGGGACUGCUCUGAAAGUACAGUCAAAACCCUCUACAAAGGUUAUGCGUCUAGAACGUCCACGUUUUUGGACUUACAGUCCAUAACCUCCUCCGGCAUCUAGUUUUCUACCAUGUCUUUUCAAGUAUUAGUCCAUGAGUUCAGGAAUUAUGAUCUAAUUACUCUGAAAAUGUGGUUGCCUUUUCUGUUGAUGUACAUGUAGAUUGUGUUAGGUACUUUAAAAUAUGUAAUACAAAGCAUUUUUAAAACUAAAAUUGUUACACUCUCCCUUUACGGCACUAAAAAUAGAGUUCUAUUUCAUCCCUACCUCCCCAGAACGGUCGCCUGUUUAAUUAAUUGUCAUUAUUAUUCCUUGCUGUUCUUUUCAGAGAAAAUGUUCUUAUUAUCGUAGUACACUGUGUUGCAGUGUAUUUACCCUGAUGAAGAUCACAAUAAACUUAUUUCUACCUUAUUUUUGUUCUUGUUCCCUUUAGCUAUCAAAACGGUUUUGAAGGCCGCUUAUCACCAGGCUUCACACUCUUAGAAUUCUAAUCCAAUAAGACACCCUGUUGAAGUCGCUACAUGGCGAUAUUGUUUUCCCUGUUAAGAACUCAAGUCUCUGAAAAUCAUGCUUUCAGCGGCACACCCGUAUAGGCCCAAGAAAGUACUCCUCGUCGGGUGUUGGCCCCAGUUUUUUUAAGUUGAAUAGCGCUAUCCGCGGAUAGAUUUCUCUUCGGUGGGUUGGUGUGUGGGAAAACAACUAAGUUUACCUAGUGGUCUGGAUAACAGAUAUUUUGCUGAAUACUCAAAAUAAUGACACAUUCUAAUGGUCAGUUCAGCGAUUUUGCUUUUAUCAUUUGCAUGAUCUGUUUAUGAUAUAUUCAUAAAACCUAAAUGUGUUGUUAAAACUGCCAACCGAAUAGACCGGCAGCAAAUGAACUAUACCUGUUUCUGUCGCAAGAAAUGUGGCCUUUCAUGAGAAAAAAAAAUAUUGUUUUGUGAACUGACUUUCGCAGUUGCCAUUCGAUUUGAUUAAAAGUAGGAAAAUUUCUCAAUUCAUUAAGAUUGAAAGAGUGUGAUAACAAGACGUGAAUUUCUUAACAUUUUUAUUCAUGCUAUACACGUAUUUAAGGACCCUAAAGACCCACUUCCGUCCCUAAAGUUGAUGUAUGGGACGAUAUUAGUUCCGUUUCUUGGAAUUUUCCUUUUAUUAAUUGAAUGAUGUGUCAUGAUAUAGUUUUCAAACGACCUUUGUUUGUCAGUGUUAAAACCGCCAGCUCAGUGAAUAAUAUUCUUAAAAAAACACAGAGAGCCAUGAGCAAUACCAGUUUCCUUUUGUUCUUUUAACUACACAGUCAGCGAAUCCAAGGUGUUCUCGCUCACGCAGUAAGAUUAAAGAAAUUCGACAAUAUGUGUUAUAUGUGUUGGGCCCAGAUCGAUCAUUCAGGGUGAAGAUGCGUGAACUGAUCCAGAUUUUUCUCAUAGUUUGCAUUACAUUUUCUUGUAACCUUUUUAGAAAUAUAUUUUUAUCAGCCAUAAUUACAUAGUCAAUAAAACGGCAAUAAGGAAAAUGAGGGGUGCUCAAAUUGUGUUCCUGUAAAAUAUCGGCAUUCUUUCACCAUAACAUGUACAUGUAUGAAGUUUGAUUGACGUCAAGGAUUUUAAAAAAAUUCCAUAAAAAGACUCGCUGCGAGUUGAAAGGUAACUUAAAACUGUUGACUUAACCUUCAUUUGGCUAGUGCCAACUAGUCAAGCUCGGUCGUUGUUUCAUAUUAGUGAAAGAAACAGCUCCACAAGAAGAAGUGUUUAAAGAUGCUGCUAGCAACUUUUUUUAUCUUUUGUGCCUGUUGGCUUCACGUUCGAGCAGAAAUAGUGUCAACUAAGUAUGGAGAUAUCGAUGGUCUCGUGACUGCGUAUCCGAAUGCCUCUGGUCCCUUCAAAUCGAUCAGCAAAUUUCUUGGCGUUCCUUUCGCCGCUCCACCAACUGGAGAGCUAAGGUUUAAAGCCCCACAACCGCCAAAAGAGUGGAAACCAAAGGUUUAUUCGGCUAAAACCCAUGGGAGCGUCUGCUUACAGCCCAAACUUUUCGAAAACUUAAUCGAGGCUUUUACUUCAAAUUUCACUUACAGCGAGGAUUGCUUAUAUCUUGAUAUCUACAGCCCGAACAUCAGCCUCAGUUUGCCAGUGAUGGUUUACAUUCACGGUGGAAGUUACCUUAUGGGAACAGCGAUCAUUUUUCCUAGCGAUAUCCUGGCUCUCCAGGGGGUGGUGGUGGUCAUAAUCCAGUAUCGUCUAGGUCCCUUUGGUUUCUUGACGACCGGUGACUCAGCGGCGCCUGGUAACUAUGGAAUGUUGGAUCAAGUGGAAGCACUGAAGUGGGUCAAAGAAAACAUUCAGAACUUUGGCGGGAAUCCCAGCAAAGUGACCAUAUUUGGAGAGAGCGCUGGAGGAUCCAGCGUGGGGCUCCAUCUUCUAUCGCCUCUAUCUCGAGAUCUCUUUCAUCAAGCCAUUCCAGAGAGCGGUGUUGAUUUAAGUCCCUUUGCGAUUCAGCCAACGUCUUUUGGUCUCCGUUUCACUAAAGAGCUUGCACAAAAACUGAAUUGUGGUUCCAGUGACCAUUCUGCAAUGGUUUCUUGUAUGCGCGGAAAAGCAGCGUCAGACAUGCAAAGAGCCGCAGAGUCAAUCAAAUUUGGUUUCGUUAAUUAUAUUUACUGGGCACCAGUCGUAGAUAAAAACUUUCUUCAUGAUACACCCCAGGUUUUGAGGAAAAAAGGAGAAUUCAAGCCAUUGCCGCUUAUCAUCACCUUCACUAGUAACGAGGGGGCGACUUUUCUUGGAGACAUGGUCAACAAUUCUUUUGGGCUGAUGGAGAGCGUUGACAAUGGAGUCAGUCCGACCUUGUUUAAAUCAUUUCUUACUAAGUUCGCUCAAGUUCAAAACAGUAGGUAAGAUCAGUAGAAAUUAAAUAUUUUCUCAGUAGUUUCAAUGCAGCAGAACCCCGUUAACUCCAACUUCCCGCCAACUCUGACUAAAUUCAAUUUCCCUUGGAUUUCAACACGCUUUUCUGUCAUUUUUACUCGGUUAACUCCAACUCGGAAAACUCGUAUUCCCCGCUAACUCGAACUAAAACACCUUUUCGCCUCCCCUGAUAAAAAAAGUCUCGGAAAUGUACCCCGAUAACUCGAAUUCUGGUUCUUUUAACUACUAAACUAAUCUAUAAACUAACUAAUCCCAUUCGCUCUUCUUGUUGUAUGAGGGCGUGAAACACUAAAACUGACAUUAGUCACUGUUAAAGGCAAUUUCAUUUUAAUUGGUGAAACAUACAGAUCACGUUUUAUCAUAAAAGUGCCUAAUCAUGUUACCGUGUCUGAUGAAAUAAGUAAACUUGUACUGCACCAUACACUGAAAUGAAUUUUUCAAUCGACCCCGGUAAAUCCCGGUGUGACCACUCGAACUGUUCGGUAAUCGAAUUUAAUCGAACGAUUGGGUUCGAUUAAGUUCGGUAAUCGAACACAAGCGAACCACGAGAGUUCGAUUAAGUUCGAUUUUUGAACUUAAUCGAAGCAAUCGAACUUAAUCAAGCGUUCUAAACCAACACUCAAAAUAGACAAGAACAAAGCGAUAAAACAACCAAAUCAACUGAGAUCGUGAGGAAUAAAUGUUCCGGGUUUAUUGAAUUCGCGUGAUCGGUUUGUUUUACUGUAGCGCUGCUUUCACGUGGCAGACACAAACGUGGCGGAAGUCUGAACGUGCCGGUGCGUCUGGCUGCGGCGUUACAUACAAGGGACGUUGUAAAGUUAAAAAACUCUUUAAUGAAGCAUAUCAUUCACUCUGUGAUUGAGGAGGUCGAUUAAAGGAUAAAGUUGUAAUAUGGCUAUGUAGUCUUAUUGUUCCGGGUUGUUCUUGUAUAUAUUAUCGCUCCAAAAAUUAAACUACACCGUACACCGAUCCGCUACAACGUAACCACUACCGGAAUAUACUCAGUCAUAGUUUAUUAUGUACCCUGUUUAGGACAGAAAGGUCAAGAACCUCACCCUGUCCAGCGGCACAUUCCCUUAUAGGUCAUAUAACCUAAGCAAGUAACCUCCCGGGGACAUAACAGGCCACCAACCAUGUUGCAUUAACAUUUAUCAACAGAGAGUAAUAGUGACUGCUGUUUCUCUCUGGAAACCAUCCUCCGAUUAACUCAAGCGUUUAUCGGUAUCAAAUUAACUUUGGUGAAAUUCACAUAUCCCCAGGGCUAGACAGGGCGUUUCCCUCUGUGUCUCAUUAUUCCCUUUUUGCAUUUAUUUAUUCAUUUGCUUGUGUUUUAUUUGCGCGCAGUAUUUUACUUUUCCCUUCAAAAUAAAACUAGUGAGGCAAGUUCCUCGGAUUGCUUCACCCUGGGCACGGCUCUGGUCUGUGGAAUAAUUGUUAAAUAUCCGUCACUUUUUUUUAGGAAGAAGAAUGCUGAUCUUCUCGCCGAUGCCUUGGAGUUCAUGUACACCCCUUGGCCUGAUAACAGUAACACAUACGCAUUAAGAAGUGGACUUGUUGAUGUUAUUGGAGAUAACCUUUUCGUUGCCCCCAGUCACAAAGUCGCUGAUGUUCACAGUCAGGUCGCUCCUGUUUACAUGUAUGAAUUUGCUCAUCGGGGAAAGUCAAGUUUGGUGGUACGUGCAGAGUGGAUGGGUGUUGUUCAUGCUGAAAACAUUCCCUUUGAUUUCGGAGUUCCUUUCCUUCCCAAAUUUUCGCCACAUUAUAGUCCCGCUGACAGAAAUGUCAGUCUGUUUAUCAUGACCAUGUACGCAAACUUUGCCCGGUCCGGCGAUCCUUCAGUCAGCGGUGUCACGUGGGAGAAAUACAACUCGAGUCACAGAGCUUACCUUAAAGUGGACACAAGUCCCAAACUGAAGGCGUCAUUUAAUUCUCGCCGAAUGUCUUUUUGGAAUAAUUAUUAUCCUAAAUUGGAGCAGGUGAAGUUUGAUGUCAAUAAAGAGGUGGUCAGCGGUGCAAAGGAUGUUGUUACCAUGGGAACUGCUCUUCAAGUUGUAUUUGCUUUAAUAGUAUACUUGAUUUACUAAGACCUUAUUUUGUUUUUUACUCAUUGAUUCAAGUUUAUUAGAAGUGGAUAAGCCUAACAUUUUCUUUAAUGUUUAUGAGCAUAAUGUAUGUAGCCGAAUCAACUAAAAAAGAUCAGUACAGAAGAAAGGGCGAUUUCAGUUUUAGCUAAAAAGUUCAUAACUGUUAUUGAAUGAAGCUGAGAAUGAUACGAGGAAUUAUGCAGAUAGAGGAUUAAAUAAUUAUAGUGGUCAUUGAAUUAAUAGGGUACAGACUUAAAAUGAGUGUUGCUCCUGCAAUUCAGAUAACCAUACAUCGGUAGAGGAUGCCUAAGCUUCGUACAAUUCUACAAUUGUUUUGGGCUCCAUUAAAUCCUAAUUUUGCGUCUUUAAGUUCUGGCAGUCUUCCUUGUAUUUGACCGAGCAUUUAAUUUACUAUUGCAAUUUUAGCUGAUCGCACUGCUCUGAAUAAAGUACGGUCAAACCUCUCUACAAAGGUCAUGGGUUUACAUCGUCCACGUUUUCUGUUCAUAGACUCGAGUAUUCCCUCGUUUUCCUUAGAGACAGCAAAGCGAGAGAAAAGACGAUUUGAAAAAACAUCGUUCGCGAUUCUUAUUGGACGUAUCAUUUUUUUCCUUUGAUUGGGUUGAACUAAUUUGCGUAUGAAAAUUUACGACAUAGCUUUUUGGUUAGUAUUUCUCAGUAUGUAUAUCCAGCCGGAUUUAUGAAAACCGCACUGGCUGGCUCCUCGAGGCCAAACACCUUAAACCGACUCAACUAAAGUAAAUAUUCGCAAGAAACUAAGCUCUUACCCAUGGUUCUCUUAAGGUGACUCUCUUCUUGGUUCCUGAUUAGCGAAGAAACAUUCAAAGUCCAUCAAAUAGACACUCUGGACUUGGCCAUACACUCUAACUGCUUGAAGGCUCUAAAUGACAGAGGAUGCUUGAGACUUAAGCAAGUUCUAGGCAGAGAAUUCAAGGCCACAUCACUCCCGCUGACUUUCUUCCCCACCCCAGCCUAGCAGGUACUUGAGGGGAAUGCUUUCAUUGGCCAAUGGGCCUCAAACAUUACAAGAGCUUAAGGCAAACAUGACGAGUGCACUGACUCUACCACAGCAAGACUGUCGGGCAGUACCACGCUUUUGCAGCACCCCUCUAGAGAUUGACGUGGAGGCUUCUUCCCAACCCAUGCUAAGUUAGCUCAAGGACUGAGCUUGACAAUGAGACCAACCAGGGCGGCAAGGCCCCUAUGUUUAUUCUAACCGCAGUGACCAGAAACCUGGCUAUCGCCAGGUUCCUGUUCGGAUAUUCUGGCCCGUUUUGAGGUAUGUUUUCAAAAAUUCGGCUCGAUAUAAUAAAGAGUUUUAUUUCAUCCCUUCCCAUAGCGGUCGCCUGUUUAAUUAAUUCUAAUUGUUAUUUUUGACUAGAAAUGCUGCUGCUUACGCAAUAGUGAAAGAAAAAUUCAAAACUGAGAAAAGACAACCUAGUGGAAAAUAAACCAACCCGGUGACGUUUUCUCCUAGAACCCGGUAAAGAUACAGAUUCCACUGGGUCUGUUACAGAGGGGUGUUCAUAUUGUCCACCUUUCAACAACGGACACGUACCUCACAAGAGGCCACACAAAAUUUGUGAACGCUGUUCUUUUUUUAAUUUAGAGGAAACGUUCUUCUUAAUAUUAUCAUAAUACACUUUAAUAUAUACACACUCAGUUAUCUUAGUGAUCUAAACAAUCUGAUUGGUUCGCUAUCUCGGACUAUUCACCCCUAAGCGAGUGGAUAAUGUGUGACCUCGGUGUUUUUACCCUUUUUCAGAGAACGAUCUUUUAAAAGUCGACAAAAUCCUAGGGUUGACUUUCUUUAAGGUAAGAAAAGACUUGAAAGGAUUCAACACGGGGUUUUUCCAUUUACUGUAGUUGAGUUUUGUGCUCGAUGGAUUGUUUACAACUCACGUUUAUUCGCGUAGAAGAAGGCAUUUAUCAGGGGCACCCAACGAGAAUAUAGUUCAAAACCACUCAACAUAGCAUUGUUAAACGUAUUUUAGUAUUUAAACGGUAGAUUUAGGCAUAAUUUUAUCCCCUAAACAGUUUUCAGAGAUCUGUUCGGAUUUCCUAGCUGAAAGUCUAGUGAUCCGAAAAUUAUAGGGAUCAAAACUUACCUUUUCGAAAAUUUCAGCCAGAAAAAUGGCUCCCGAAAAUUCUAGGUGACCUUUUUAGGGUAAAAAUCCGUAAAAAUGGGCAAUUAUACCAUUUUUUAGCUGUUCGAAAAUCCUAGGAGAGGCAGGCAAGCAAGAAAUUUUACGACAAAUGUUCCGAAAAUUCUAGAUCUCAAAUCGUCUUCGGAACAGAUAUUUCCCGAAAAUUGACGUUGGGUGCCCCUGAUUUAUCGAAGUUUAUUUAUGACAAACAAAUCUGAAAGCAAAUGUUUGCAAAGAUUCUACGUUUCAAGCAAAUAGGAAAAAGAAUGGUACAGGAAGACGACGUCUUACCUCCCCGAGCAACCGAGCUGCCAUUUUUAUCGGCACUUCAUGCGAAGAAUGACACAACAAACCCUUUUGGCUAUAAACUUGGCGAGUCAACAGAAAACAACAAAGCUCUACUUUUCUUCUCGGGUAAGGAAACAAUUCAAACUUUUAACGGUUCCGUUUAACCCUGAUUAAGAUCAAAAUAAACUUAUUUGUAUUUUAUUUAUUUUUGUCCUUGUUCCCUUUUAUCAGCUAUCAAAAGAGUUUUGAAGGCCGCUUAUCAGUUACCUUCACACUCUUUUAAAGAAUUCUAAUCCAAUAAGACACCCUGUUGAAGUCGCUAAAUGGAGAAAUUGUUUUCCCUGUUAAGAACUCAAGACCCUGAAAACCAUGCUUUCAGCGGCUCAACCGUAUAGGCCCAAGGAAGUACUCCUCCCCGGAUGUUGGGACCAGUUUUUUUAAGUUGAAUAGCGCUAUCUGCGGAUAGAUUUCUCUUCGGUUGGUUGGUGUGUGGAAAAACAAACUGCGUUUAUGUGGUGGUCUGGAUAACACAUAUUUUGCUGAAUACUCAAACUAAUGACACAUUCUAAUGGUCAUUUCAGCGAUUUUGCUUUUAUCAAUUGCAUGAUCUGUUUAUGAUAUGUGCAUAAAACUUAUAUGUGUUGUUAAAACUGCCAACCCCAAUAAACCGGCAGCAAAUGAACAAUACCAGUUUCUGUAGAAAGAAAUGUGGUCUUUCGUGAGAAAAAAAUAUAUUGUUUUGUGAACUGACGACUUUCGCAGUUGCCAUUCGAUAUGAUUAAAAGUAGGAAAAUUCCUCAAUUCAUUGAGAUUGAAAGAGCGUGAUAACAAGACGUGAAUUUCUUAAUAUUUUUAUCCAUGCUAUACAGGUAUUUAAGGACCCUAAAGACCCACUUCCGUCACUAAAGUCGAUAUAUCGGACGAUAUAAGUUCCGUUUCUUGGAAUUUUCCUAAUAUUAAUUCCAUGAUGUGUCAUGAUAUACUUUUGAAAAGACCUUUGUUUGUCAGUAUUAAAACCGCCAGCUCAGUGAAUAAUAUCCUUAAAAAAACACAGAGAGCCAUGAACAAUACCAAUUUCCUUUUUUGCUUUAAAAUGUACAGUUAGCGAAUCCAACGUGCUCUCGCUCAUGCAGUAAGACUAAAGAAAUUCGAUAAUUUGAGUUGUAUGUGUUGGGCCCAGAUCGAUCAUUCAGAGUGAAGAUGCGUGAGCUGAUCCAGAUUUUUCUCAUAGUUUGUUAUAAAUUUUCUUGUAACCUUCUUAGAAAUAUAUUUUUAUCAGCUAGAUUACAUAGUCAGUAAAACGCCAAUAAGGAACAUGAGGUGUGCUCAAAUUGUGUUCCUGUAAAAUAUCGGCACUCUUUCACCAUCACAUGUACAUGUAUCAAGUUUGAUUGACGUCAAGGAUUUUAAAAAAAUUCCAUAAAAAGACUCGCUGCGAGUUGAAAGGUAACUUAAAACUUAAUUAAAAUCUUUAUUUGGCUAUUGUCAACAAGUCAAGCUCGGUCGUUGUUUCAUAUUAGUGAAAGAAACAGCUCUACAAGAAGAAGUGUUCAAAGAUGCUGCUAGCAACGUUUUUUAUCUUUUGUGCAUGUUGGCUUCAUGUUCGAGCAGAAAUAGUGUCAACUAAGUAUGGAGAUAUCGAAGGACUCGUGACUUCGUAUCCAAAUGCCUCUGGUCGUUUCAAAUCCGUCAGCAGAUUUCUUGGCGUUCCUUUCUCCGCUCCACCAACUGGAGAGCUAAGGUUUAAAGCGCCACAACCGCCAAAAGAGUGGAAACCAAAGGUUUAUUCGGCUAAAACCCAUGGGAGCGUCUGCUUGCAGCCCGCCAAACUUUUCGAAAACUCAAUCGAGCCUUUUACUUCAAAUUUCACUUACAGCGAGGAUUGCUUAUAUCUUGAUAUCUACAGCCCAAAUAUCAGCCUCAGUUUGCCAGUGAUGGUUUACAUUCACGGUGGAUUUUACCUUCUAGGAUCAGCAAUCACUUCUCCCAGCGAUAUCCUGGCUCUCCAGGGGGUGGUGGUGGUCAUUAUCCAGUAUCGUCUAGGUCCCUUUGGUUUCUUGACGACCGGUGAUUCGGCGGCACCUGGUAACUAUGGAAUGUUGGAUCAAGUGGAAGCACUGAAGUGGGUCAAAGAAAACAUUCAGAAUUUUGGCGGGAAUCCCAGCAAAGUGACCAUAUUUGGACAGAGCGCUGGCGGCUUCAGCGUGGGGCUCCAUCUUCUAUCGCCUCUAUCUCGUGAUCUCUUUCAUCAAGCCAUCCUAGAAAGCGGUGUAGAUUUAAGUCUCAUUGCGAUUCAGCCAACGUCUUUCGUCUUCCGUUUCACUAAAGAGCUUGCACAAAAACUGAAUUGUGGUUCCAGUGACCAUUCUGCAAUGGUUUCUUGUAUGCGCAGCAAAACAGCGUCAGACAUGCAAAGAGCCGCAGAGUCAAUCAAAUUUGGUUUCGUUGACUGGGCACCAGUCGUAGAUAAAAACUUUCUUCACGAUACACCCCAGGUUUUGAGGAAAAAAGGAGAAUUUAAGCAAGUGCCGCUUAUCAUCACCUUUACAAGUAACGAGGGGGCGACUUUUCUCGGAGACAUUGUCAACAAUUCUUAUGGGCUGAUGGAGAGCGUUGACAAUGGAGUCAGUUCGACUUUGUUCAAAUCAUUUCUUAUUAAGUUCGCACAAGUUCAAAACACCAGGUAAGAUCAGUGAAAAUUAAAUAUUUGCUCAGUAGUUUCAACGCAGCAGAACCCCGUUAACUCCAACUCGCCGCUAACUCUUAUUAAGUUCAAUUUCCCUUGGAUUUCACCUCGUCCCUCUCCUCUCAUUUUUACUCGGUUAACUCCAACUCGGAUAACUCGAAUUCCACUACCGGAAUAUACUCAGUCGUAGGUUAUUAUGUACCCUGUUUAGGACAGAACGGUCAAGAACCACACCCUGUCCAGCGGCACCACAUCCCUGUAUAGGUCAUAUAACCUAAGCAAGUAACCUGCCGGGGUCAUAACAUGCCACCAACCAUGUUGCAUUAACAUUUAUCAAGAGAGAGUAGUAACGACUGCUGUUUCUCUCUGUAGACCAUCCUCCGAUUAACUCAAACGUUUAUCGAUAUCAAAAUAACUUUGGUGAAAUUCACAUAUCCCAAGGGCUAGACAAGGUGUUUCCCUCUGUGUCUCAUUAUUCCCUUCUUGCAUUUAUUUAUUUAUUUGCUUGUGUUUUAUUUGCGCGCAGUGUUUUACUUUUCCCUUCAAAAUAAAACUAGUGAGGCAAGUGCCUCGGAUUGCUUCACACUGGGCACGGCUCUGGUCUGUGGAAUAAUUGUUAAAUAUCCGUCACUUUGUUUUAGGAAGAAGAAUGCUGAUCUUCUCGCCGAUGCCUUGGAGUUCAUGUACACCCCCUGGCCUGACAACAGCAACACAUACGCAUUAAGAAGUGGACUUGUUGAUGUUAUUGGAGAUAAAAUUUUCGCUGCCCCCAGUCACAAAGUCGCUGAUGUUCACAGUCAGGUCGCUCCUGUUUACAUGUAUGAAUUUGCUCAUCGGGCAAAGUUAAGUUUGGUGGUACGUGCAGAGUGGAUGGGCGUUGUUCAUGACGAAAACAUUCCCUUUGAUUUUGGACUUCCUUUCCUUCCCAAAUUUUCGCCACAUUAUAGUCAGGCUGACAGAAAUGUCAGUCUGUUUAUCAUGAGCAUGUAUGCAAACUUCGCCCGGUCCGGCGAUCCUUCAGUCAGCGGUGUCGCGUGGGAGAAAUACAACUCGAGUCACAGAGCUUACCUAAAAGUGGACACAAGUCCCAAACUGAAGACGUCAUUUAAUUCUCGCCGAAUGUCUUUUUGGAAUAAUUACUAUCCUAAAUUGGAGCAGGUGAAGUUCGAUGUCAAUAAAGAGGUGGUCAGCGGUGCAAAGGAUAUUGUUACCAUGGGAACUGCUCUUCAAGUUGUAUUUGCUUUAAUGUUAUACUUAAUUUACUAA